AUGCCCCAACGCCGCUCUCAAAUUUGGCUCACCUCUUCCAAGGACUAUGUCGUGUCGUACUACUGCGCCGAAGUUUGCAAUACAUUCACGAACCUUCUCUUCAUGUGGCUGGGCUUGAAGGGAAUCCACAACUGUAUAUCACAAGACCACCCACGCAUAUUUCUUAUAGCUUACAUGGGCUACAUCAUCGUUGGUCUUGGAUCAACUGCCUUCCACACCUCACUUAAGUAUCCCAUGCAGCUUAUCGACGAACUUUCCAUGAUUUACACCACGUGCCUCAUGGUUUUUGCUACCUUUUCGUAUUCAAGAUCAGGUCGAUUUUCCGCGUUCUUAGGCUGCGGUCUGACGCUUCUUGCCGGUUUUAUUACGGUAUACUAUCACGUCACAAAAGACCCUGUUUUCCACCAGAGCUGCUAUGCGGCGUUGACAGCUACGGUAGUAUUUCGGAGCUUCACCAAGGCCAGCAGUGUCCUCAAGACCAUGUGGAUCAUGGUCGCCACCGGGCUCGGCGUGUUUCUCAGUGGCUUUCUCAUCUGGAACCUAGACAAUUCUCUGUGCAGCCAUAUCAGGAGGUUACGGCGCCAGCUUGGGUUUCCUUGGGGUGCGUUGCUCGAGGGUCAUGCCUGGAGGUAUGCGCCGUUCACCCCGGCAUUUGAGGGCAGAACUUAUUACUACAUCACGUGGGGCAUAUGGCUACGAAGAUGCCUCGAAGGCCGAGAAGAUGAGUAUAGGCUGGUAUGGCCAAGGUCAAUAUCCUCAAUUCCUGUAGUGGUGAAGGCCAAAAAGGUCGAGUAA